GCCCAGCUCCGCAAUUAGGGCAUCGGCAAUUCCACAUUGGGAGGAAAAUUUGCCCUUGUUCAUCUCAGAGCUCCGAAGAUAUUCCUUGGCCGGAGGCUCAUUCUUCGUUUCUCACUUUGGUUGAUUGGUGCUUAGAACGACUUCCAUCUCACCUCUUUUCUUCUCGCCGCCGUGUAAUACCAGCUGAAACUCAAUUUAGAGACGUCGCCAGGAGGUCUAGGCUGAUAUUGCCGUGGUUACUGUGGGAGUAGCAAAAAUGAGACGGCAGGGUCAAUAUAUGAAUGCUGGGGCAGAUGCAUAUGUCACUGCUCAGAUGCCGCACGGUCAACAGAUGGAUCAUAGCUCUGGUCAGUAUCAAGGAGAGCUAGAAGCCUUCACUCCUGAAAGAGAUAAUACAUAUGUUACUCCUAGAGCAGAUGGACACCGUGGAUGGGAAAGAGAUGGAUCAGAACCAUCGAGUGCAUUGGCUUCUCAUAUGCUUUAUGAAGGUCAGAGUGGUGAUGCAUCUAGAUCUUACUACCAAGGUCAGAAGCCACAUUUAAGACUUGCGUUGGAGAAGCAAGGCAACAAUGAUAUAAGACCCCAGACCCACAACAAAGAUGGGGACCAUGAAUAUGAGAAAGUCCCUUUUUCUCAAACUUUUGAAGGUCUUGAGGAGAAAUUUCUUGAUGACAUUACGAAGUUGGCCAAAGAAUUGAAUGAUGCAGAGGACGCUGAAAAUGUUAGACACAGAGAGAAAAUUAAUGCAAUCAAUGCUCAAUAUCAAGAAAAGCUAUCAGCUCUCCGCACCCGGCACGCUAGCCAUAGAGACGAGUUCCUCCUGAGGGAGUCGAACGCGCGGCAGCAACAGUAUCAGCAGGCCUUUAUGUCUAAGUACUCUAACAGCGGCAUGGGGCCGAGGGACCCUCAGGGCUUUGGUGGAAUCACCAGCUCAGCAACUGUUGGGGAAGCCUAUCGACCCUAUGAUGCCGAUCAGUAUGAUUCCUUCGAAGGUCGGGCACGUUAUUACGGAGGCGCGAGGGACCGUUUGGAGCCUAGAGGUCCGUACCCUGGAAGCCGUGCCUACAAUACAAGCUCGCGCUUUUAUUGAAUGUCGAGAUUAGCUUUGUCACUUAAUAAUCUCUACGUCCAUCCGAACCCGAUUUCACUCACACAUGCUGCUAUGCCGAGAAGCACUGGUUGUAUCGAUGUAGCACAUAGUUUAUCUCCUGCGGCUAGCCGGCUACUGCUCAUUUCUUGUUAUCAAUUCUCAGUAUUUGGUAACUUUUCAAUCUC